AUAUAAACAACGAUCUUUUUUUUGGCCAAUGUAUUAAAUGCAAUGUUUCGGUUUUUUGUAUAUUGUGGACGCGCUAACCACGUCUAAAAAUUCAAAUAAGUAAAAUAGAUUCAUAAAACAAAAAUUUCGGAAGGUGGCACCCUUCCUUUAAUGCGCGAAAUGACAUUGUUCGUUCCAGCAAUACCUUUAUCUUCUCCUUUUGACUUUUGAUGAAGAGCUCGCAAAAUUGACCCAUCUUACUAUUGAUAGGUAUCACUAAAAUCGAAUAUGAAAAUCAGAUACCUAAAUACACGGAAUCAGAGAUAAUCAGAGAAACGUUUCAAAACUCAUGCUACCUACUUUUCUUUAGUUAUUUACACCAGUCACAUAAUCCAUAGUUAGGUACGCCAUCCUCUCUUCAAGUGAUCGCACUAGUGUCACCAGCCUCGAGCUCGGGGCGGCACGGAUGAAAGUGCGGCUAUCUCGUGUGCAUCACCGACUGCAAUCGCAGGUGUUUUUAUCUAGUGGCACUCGCCGUCACAAGAACAGGCGCUGGCCGGGACGGGGCGCGUGUCGCCCCGGGUGUCUGUCUCAGCGCCGUGCCGAGGCGGGCCGGCCGUGACGGCUGUGACCCGGUUCGCAUGUCAUCCAUCAGGUGGGAUGUCGUCUCGACGCGGCGAGAAAUGAAGACGGCGAACGGCUAGAAUCCACGCUCGCGGCGCACGCAAAACCGCGCCGUUUUGACGGUUCGGUCAGCGCAGAGCGUCGGGUUUGUCGCCGCUGGCGGGAUGAUCGCGCGCGCAGUGUACGCAACAUCAGCAAGAACGGCCCUCGGCUCUUCGUCUGAAGGGCGGCGGGACGGAAAAUCGCAGCCGGGGAGGCGGAGGAGGCGGUACCUAUAUAGACGGAGAUGCCGACCGGAGAAGCACAGAAGGGGAGAGUGACCUCACCAAGACCAGCCGACUCCAGCCAUCAUGAGAUUGCUACCUUUGCUGACCUGUGUGAGCGCGCUGGCGGCGGUGUCGCUAUCCGCCCCGGUGGAGCCGGACCAGGAGAGCCCUCCGGCGGCGUUCUCCGACUUUUCGUCCACCGAGGACGACCUGCAGGCCUCCGGCACCAUCAGCAAGCUGAACUGGGCGCGGCCAGGACGCCACCGACCGCACUACGUCGUGUACCAUGUGCCGCACGGCCACGGCGGGCACAGCGGCUGGAGCGGAGGGCACGGCGGCUGGACUGGAGGGCACGGAGGGUGGACCGGAGGGCACGGAGGGUGGACCGGAGGUCACGGAGGGUGGACCGGAGGGCACGGAGGCUGGACUGGCGGUGGAGGACAUGGCGGAUGGACUGGCGGCUGGAGAGGAGGCUGGGGAGGCUGGAGAAGGCGGCCUGGCUACGUCAUCGUGGUGCACAGGCCGGUGACCUACGGCUGGGUCGGCGGAGGCGGUCAGGACUGGGGCGGCACCGAGUACCACGGCACGGGCUCGCAGUACCAGCAGCAGUACACCGAGUACCCGCAGCAGUACGACGCCCAGGAGCAGGGCUACGGCGCCGGGACGGACGAGUACGCCAGUGACGACAUGUACUCGGAAUGACCAGUCGUGAGCUGAGGUCACUGGACUGUGGCCGUCAGUGCAGUGGAUGUGAUCUUAUGUGUACUGCUAAGUUUCGCCUCUGCUUUGUAUAUCGUUUGUUUGCUAUUGGAGCGUAUGUUUUUGAAACAUUUUUAUUUAUACCAAUGUAAAUAUGUUUUAAUAAAAAAUCCUAUAAUU